UAAUGUAAGUCAAUAAAUUGACUCGUUUACGAAAGGGACACUAAUUUCGCAGUGCGCGGCAGGGAACGCGAGAAGUCAGAUGAUCCUAGGAGACAGUGUAACCCAGUUUCUGGAAGGAGCGAGGAUUGGCUGAAGGUGUGUUGCGGGAACCGCCGGGUGUGGACUAGGCAUGCGCAGUGUGGCCGCAUACCUGACCGUGUGCGCCUCCACUCACUCGAGUGUUGUUGGCGGCGGAGCGGGAGUGUGCCGGGGACGGGAUUGUGUGUGCUGUGAGACUUGCGCAGUAUGAACAGGUGCAGGCCCAGACCGCAGCCUUCCUCACGGUGCAGUGUGUGAGCGCCAGUCUGGCCGCUGAUUUUUAAUAUAGUGACGUUGUUUGGUAUAAUUAAAUCAUGAGGAUGGCUAAGCGGGGCGGGGCAGACCCGACACCCAUCUGUCGCUGUCGAGUGCUGUACCUGGGGUCGUCCGUGCCCCAGGUGACCAAGGAUGGUCUUCAGGGCAUCCAGGAGCCCCUGAGGGAGCUGUAUCCUGCAGAAGGGGCCGUCAGUGCCCGGGGAAUAGACUCGUGGCUCUCCGUGUGGUCUAACGGAUUGUUGUUGGAGAAUGUGGAUGAAAACCAGAAGAAGGUGACUCGUUUCUUCCCCAUCGAGUCUUUGCAUUACUGUGCGGCGGUGAGGUACGUGGUGGUGGCCGGGGGCGAGGGCGCCGCCGUGCCCAGAUUCUUGCCCCUCGACUCUCCCUUCGCUCGCAACCCCAACAUCAACCACCCGCCGCUCUUCGCCUGCAUCAUGCGUCGCACCACGGGCAUCAAGGUGCUGGAGUGCCAUGCCUUCAUAUGUAAACGCGAAACCCCAGCCAACGCCUUAGUGCGCUGCUGCUUCCACGCCUACGCCGACUCCAUGUACGCCCGCAGCCUGGAGGGGGGCGGAGGCGGAGGCAGCGCUAGCCAGUAUGACUCUGUGUACGGCGGGCGAGUCACGGAGGAGCGGGUUCUAGAGAUUGAGGACUUAGGCAGCGGUACGUCGGAGAUCAUCCCCGUCUCGCUGGGAUCCUCCCCGACCCAAGACGCCCCCGCCUCUCCCACCUCCCAAGGCUCUCCCCAGGGCGAUGAAGUCUCCAUUUAUAACGGCGACGAGAACCACAAGGUGUGGGCGGGGGCCUUCCAAGACCGAAACGAGCUCAUAAAUUCGGAUUAUUCCGGAACGCUCAGGUCUGCCCGCUCCACCUCGUCCAUUUAUGGCACUACCAGUGGCACUCGUGCUUCACGGCCCCGUCAGAUGAUGAUGCCGCCCGUGGCCCCGCCCCCCGUGCCUGAAAGUGACAAGGAUAAGAAAGGAAAGAAGGAAAUCAAGUAUAAGGGUCGACGGGAGGACGAUGAGGUAAGCCGAGUGAGUAACGGGGCGCCACCUCCGCGUCCCCGCCAGUGUGGUGAACGGCGGUGGGCGUCACCACCCCGCACCCCCCAUGCCAACGGCAGCCUACCGCGGCAUCUCAACGGGCACGGCUCCCCGCCCAAGAAUAAGGGAAAGUUCCGCUUUAUGCAGGGCACCGCCAGUCUUUCUGAGAGGAAGAGUAAGGGCAUGCGUGGACCCCCGCCUUUCGUGUUAGUCCAGGGUCCUCAAGGGCCUCAGCCCCCACCUCAGGGCAUGCAUGGCCCCCAUGGCCCUCAUGGACACCCAGGACCUAUGGGACCACCCAUGGUACCCCCACAUAUGGGCCAUCCUCCUCCCAUGCCUCCACCACACAUGAUGCCCGUGCAGGGUCCCCCUCCUCCCCACAUGCUGCCCCCUCCAGGCAUGCCCCCACAUGCUUUGAUGCCUCCCCCAGGACCCAUGGGCCCCUAUGGACCCCCAGGGCCUUACGGGCCGCCAGGACGCCGGCCACCAUCCCGUGUGCUGGAGGAACCUAUCUACAUGCCGUCCAACCGGCCGCUAAGCCCCACGGCCUCCUACCAGCCGGGCCACUUCCCACACGAGCAGUACUUGAUGGAGCAGUACGCCACCACGGGCCGCCCCAAGCACAGGAAGAAGAAGAAGAGUGGUGGAAAGAAAGAGUCGGACGAGGACAUUUAUGGCAAGAAGGGCCACCUGAACGAGCGAGCCUUUUCUUACAGCAUCCGGGAAGAGCACCGGUCUCGCUCGUACGGCUCCCUGGCUGGUCUGGGCGAGGACACCAUGACCAAGAAGGAUCGCGAGAUCAUGCAGAUGGUAGCCGAUCUGGACCUGAGUGGCGAUGAGCUGGAGCGAGUGGAUCCCCGGCCAGGAGUGUACCGUCCCCCGCACCCUGACCGCCUAUCGGCUUCAGGCACCAUCACCUCCAGGAUCUCCCGAGCCUCCAGGCGGUAGAAGUGACAUGGAAUCCCAGUGUAACACCACCAUCACCACCACCACCGCCGCCACUACCACCACCACCACCAUCACCACCACCAUCAGCACUGCUACCACCACCGCCACCGCCCGCCCUGUAGUCACCUUGAGGCAUCCUGGUCUUGGUCACCCCGUCCCUACCCCGUCCCCUUAGUCUUCCGCGAGAUUAUUAUUAUUAUUAUUAUUAUUAUUAUUAUUAUUAUUACUAUUAUUAUUAUUAUUAUUAUUAUUAUUAUUAUUAUUAUUGUGGAACGUCUGGAGUAUCAGUUCUUCUUCAGUAUUUCAUAGCUAUUUUUGUUGUCUUUUUAUUAUUUUAGAGGCUGAUAAAUAAAGGAGGGAAGAAAAUAACAAAGAAAGAAGAAUGAUCCAUGUAUUUUUUUCAGAUGGAAGGGGUUGAUUGUUUGAUUGAUUAAUUGAUUGAUUGAGUGAUUGAAAAUGUUGUGCCGCAACACGGAGGUCAUAUGGCGCCGUGAGGAGGACAUCGCGAGGAAGGAGAGUGAGGAGAGAGGCGGGGCAGAAUGUAGACCCGCCGUGUAGGAAGGAAAGGAGAAGGGAGUGGACGCUUGGGAAGGUGUCACUGCCUGGUACUGACUCACUCACUGACUCACUCACUGAUUGAUAAGUGUGAGUGUGUAAAUGGGAGGCAAGAAAAAGAAUCGCUUUAGGGGAGGAGUAGUUAAGCGGGAUUUUUAUUAGACAUCUAAUGAUUUUUGUAUACCUCGACCAGUUCCCUGUUCACCUAACGUCACCCUCAUGAACAAACUGCCUAAGUAAUUUUUCGGCGAUUUUUUAAUCUUUGCUUCAGUGAAUUCUUCAUCACGUGAUGUUAGUUAUGUCUAAGGCUCGGGUGGUCAAUGAUUUGACUUAACGGUUUCUGUUAUUGAUAUGGAAAUAAAAGAAACGAAAAGUUUGCGUCAUCUCGAUUUCCCGAAAAGUAAAAUAAAUUGCUUUAACAGUUUGUUUAUGAAGGUGAUGACAGUAGAAAGGCGGAUUGCGCGAUGCAUUUUGUGCCAUGGUGGAUGGAGCAGCCUGCAGAUAAUAACAAUAGUAAUGUAUUCAGGUUAUGUUGGUGGACAUCCUUUGUUCUGCCGUUGCCCCUCUUCCACCACCGCUUGACAGCCAAGCACAACAGUCUUCCUCAUACAGCCAUCAGUCUUCCAACCUCAGGCUAAAAAUAAAACGACUGGUUCCUCCAGGUACUCGUAUAGUUAAUGGUAUCCCUUGUCCAUUAAAAUAACCUUACUACAUUCUUCAUAGUAUAUAAUAUCAUCGAAGGCUCACCAAUACCAUUCUUCCAUCCAUCCACCCAUCCAUCCAUCACGUAAGUCUUCUGUAGCAGAAAGGUGAGGUGUUAUGCUGUUUAGGUGGUCCGUUGGAACUUUCUCCUUGUUUACAAUGAGAAAGGCCAAUAAUUUACUGAUUGACUGAUGUUAGACGCAGCAACAAUUGUAGGGGCCAAGUGGCACUCAUGGAAUAAAAAAAAAAAUAAAUAGAGAAAGAAAGAAAUGAAUAAAUACGUUUCCGAAGGAAGGAAGAAAACGUUGGCAAUGUAAUGCUCCAAAUUGUACACGCGACCGGAAAUACAUUUUUUUACUGUAUUCUCCUUCCUUCGUGUGGCGUCUUUCUCUUUUCCAGUGGAGGAUGCAGCAGGCGUGUUCUUACCCAGUUGUAUAUUUAUUACUACUCGUCUUAUAUACAUACAUAUCUUAGCAGCACUGUCUUACCUCGAGCGUGUGAGAAACACCUUCAUGUUUCGUCUGUAUAUAAAAGUCUAAGUUUGUAUUGAGCUAAGGAUUUAUUUUAACCUGUAUACACAACUCAGUUACUCGGUCAAUUACUUCUUCACUUGUUGAAUUUAACACACUUUAAAUACUAUAAAUAAAUAAAUAUAUAUAUAUUGAGGCAACGUUGGUGAUCAGGUGUUGAUUCCCGUCCCUUAUGUGACGCACGGGGAACAGCCACUUGUGUCUCUGUUGUCGUCUACAUGUGCUAUUUUUAUAUAGUUACUUAGUGUGAGUGAGUGAGUGUGUGUGCGUGUGUGUGUCUCUGUGUGUGUGUGUGUGUGUGUGUGUGUGUGUGUGUGUGUGUGUGUGUGUGUGUGUGUGUGUGUUUCCUUCCUGAUGUAUUACUCACAAGAGCAUAGUAGAUGCAUACACCCUCCACUGUUCAUUCAAGGAUUACUAAUGGGAAGAAUUAACGUGAGGAGUGGGUCUUGCCUUGGCGUUCCCUGCCUCACCAAGCCAGGGAUCCAUAAACCUUUGCUAGCAUGACCACCUGUCCACAAGUAACAUAUGGGAUGAUGGAAGGGAACGAGAAAGAAUAAUAAUAAAAUAAUCAUAAUUGACGAAUAAAUUGAUCUUGUAAAGCGUCACAGCAAGUUCAUAAUGGCGCCGGAGGAGGAGAAGGAGUAAGAAGACAAGAAAUCGUAAAGAAAAAAAAAAUUACAAAAGAAUGAAUUGAGUAAUGGCGCCAUAAGGGUCACGUGGCGCCUUGGAGUAUGAGGAAAAGGAGUGUAUGCAUCAGUUUUGUGCGUGAAGUGACUGGUCUAUAUAGUUUAUUAUCCCCCUCUCGUGAUGCAGCUCAUUAGUUAGGAUAUUUCAAGGAGUUAUGAAGCCCUUACUAGUCUUGUACCUAUGUGAUCUACUCGUAAUUACUGCCGUCACUCACUGCUGCACCUGAAAAUGAUACAUAUUUUCAUUUCUUGUGUAGGUGACUACAUUUUCAUAUUAAUUCCAAAAUCAGUGUGAUUAUUUUGUAGUGCAACUUUGUUACUAUUAGCGACUCUAAUCCCAAUAUAUAUAUAUAUAUAUAUAUAUAUAUAUAUAUAUAUAUAUAUAUAUAUAUAUAUAUAUAUAUAUAUAUAUAUAUAUAUAUAUAUAUAUAUAUAUACACAUACAUUCUCGUUCGAAGAAAACAGUUAGAUGGUCGUGUUAGAUAUUCAUGAUAUUGUGGCUUAUUACCUUUACGUACACUGUUAAUUAUAUAUCAGGCACAUUGUUCAGCCAUCAUACUAAAUGGAAAGAAACCAUCAGGAUAACGAUGAAGAUAUCAUAUUGCCUACAAAAAACUUGUCUAGUAUAUUUGAAUAAGUUUUGUAGCUGAAGUUAUAAUAUCCAUCCAUACAGAGCCCGUCACAGUUAGCCUAGAGUGCCUGUUCGUUAUAAAGGAGGUAUUCCAGGCGGUGGUCAGGUGUUCACUGUAUGUACCCGAAGCGGCAGGACAGCAGCAAUGAUAGGUUAGUAGGAGCUUCACACUCCCAUCUUGUAUAGCGUGGGUCGUCCCUUCAGCUAAUACUGAUGAUGAUGAUGAUAUACUUUAGUUGAUAUGACAGCGACUGGUGCCAGAGAAUAAUAAUAUGUACAGCCAGUGUAUAACUAGGGAAUAAACUGUAUGAACCAUAA